UGCAAAAUUACAAGGAAAUGAAUUAACAUCUAGAAGGACCAUUUUGCCAUUACAAAAGGAACCCUCAUCAGCAAAGGUUUGUUGGGAGCAAUUACAAUUAGAAGAAACCUGCGUAAUCCCUUCAACCCUCUCUCUUCUGGUUUCGCACUCAUCCAGGCAUGGCUAUGCCUGAACAUCACCAAUUCCACAACUACCUUCAGCAAUCGAAACCCUUCAGAGAUGUAUUCAACAACAUGGACGCUCAAAUUGCAGCGCCGGUUAGCUUUAUCAACGCCGAUCAUCCUCCCUACAUUCCUCAAUUUCAUGUGGUAGGAUUUGCACCUGGUACGGAUGUUAGCGAUGGCGGAUUUGAAUUGCAGAGGAAUUAUGAUUUGGAAUUGAGAAACAAGAGGCCGAAAGAGCAGGAGUUUUUUGAGAAUAAUAAUGCAAAUUCUCAGAUAUCAUCGAUUGAUUUCUUGCAGCAACGAUCAGUCUCAACAGGUUUAGGGUUGUCUCUUGACAAUGGUAGGUUGGCAUCAUCUAGUGAGUCAUCUUUUGUUGCUGGGCUUAUGGAAGAUCAACUUGAACGGGAGUUGCGAAGACAAGAUGCCGAGAUUGAUAGGUUCAUGAAGAUUCAGGCGGAUAGACUCAGGCAAGCAAUUCUGGAGAAGGUACAGACAAACCAGCUUCAAAUAAUCUCACAUGUUGAAGAUAAGUUUGUUCAGAAACUUCGUGAAAAAGAAGCGGAGGUGGAAAACAUCAACAAGAAAAACAUGGAACUCGAAUUGCAGGUGGAACAACUAGCCAUGGAGGCUGGCACGUGGCAGCAGCGGGCCAAAUACAACGAGAACUUGAUCAACACCUUGAAAUUGAAUCUUGAACAAGUAGCACAGGGAAAAGAUGGUAAAGAAGGAUGUGGUGAUAGUGCGGUAGACGACACCGCCUCUUGCUGCAAUGGCCGUGCAAUUGACUUCCAUCUGCUUUGCAAGAGUAACAAUGGGAUGCCGGAAAUGACGACUUGUAAGGUAUGUCGAGUGAAUGAAGUUUGUAUGCUUUUGUUACCGUGUAAGCAUCUUUGUCUGUGUAAAGAAUGUGAAAGUAAGGUUAGCAUGUGCCCGUUGUGUCAGUGCUCCAAGUACAUUGGUAUGGAGGUUUACAUGUAAUGGGUGAUCUGGACCGCUCAUGUUAGAUAAAUUUCAGGGUUGUUGUAUGAUUCGCUUAUUUUUAACCCUUGUGUAUAGUGCUACUGUAUUUUGGUUA